UCGUGACGUCAUCUCUACGCGUCUGGAGAGGCUCUGUGCACGUUGAUGUUUUUUUUUCUGAAUUAGCUUCAAGACGCUUCACCGUCAUUUGCAUCGACUCAGAUCAGAAAUGUCAGUCACCGAGAUGUUCAGCUACAUCCAGGGCUUCCUGAGCGCCGACCAGGACGUCAGGGAGGACAUACGUAAGGUGGUUCAGACCUUGGAGCAGAUGGCCCGAGAGAUACUAACGGUCCUUCAAAGCGUCCAUCAACCUUCUGGCUUCAAAGAAAUUCCCAGUAAAUGUGCAAAGGCCCGAGAGUUGUUCAGCACAGUCAGGACGCAGAUUGCAGAGCUGAAGACGAAAUUUCCUGUGGAGCAGUAUUACAGGUUCCAUGAACACUGGAGGUUUGUUCUACAGCGCUUGACUUUUCUAGCAGCCUUCGUCGUCUACCUGGAGAGUGAAUCUCUGGUGACUCGGGAGGAGGUGGCUCAGAUACUCGGCAUUGAGGUGGUGCGAGAGAAAGGCUUUCAUCUGGAUGUAGAGGAUUACCUGGCAGGUGUGCUGAUCAUGGCUAGUGAACUGUCUCGGCUAGCAGUAAACAGCGUAACAGCAGGGGACUACAACCGGCCGCUACGCAUCUCCAACUUCAUCAACGAGCUGGACUCGGGCUUCCGCCUCCUCAACCUGAAAAAUGACCCGCUGAGGAAGCGCUACGACGGCCUCAAGUAUGACGUGAAGAAGAUCGAGGAGGUCGUGUAUGACCUGUCCAUCCGCGGCCUGGCUAAGGAGUCCGAGUCAGGUGGGGACAAGUAGAGCUCUGCUGUGGGAGACAGAGGAGGGCGCCGCAGCUACAGUACCUUGGGCCUGGGACACCUCUAUGGCUGCUGCAGAUCAGAGACCUUACUCCACCUGGAGGCGAGACCCAGAGAUGUGCCUGCGGCCACACAGCCUGAGACGGACUGUGGGAUUGAUUGUCUGUGUGCACACGAGAGAACGUGUGCAUGGGAAAGGCUUUAGAUGGAUGUCAGUCUGUGACGGGGACAAAGCUGGUGGCAGAGGCUUAAGCUUCGGUUUGUCUUUGUUCUUACUUUAAUCAGAUUCAUGCGUUAUUGUUCUAAUAACUUUGUUUUGUAAAUGUUUGCUCAUUGUUUCCAAGAGCAGGCUUCAUUUUUAUCAGAUUAUAGUAGAUCAGUGUUUAGUUUAGUUCUGUCAGCAAGGCAGGUGGCUGUGGGUCCAAAGGCUCCUGCCAUGCAGAGCUCAUGUUGUUUGGUUGUUUGUUUGCAGAAAUAUGUUGAUGUUGUUCACCAGAAGACUUAAUGCUUUGUGGUUCUUCUUAGGAUCAGAAUUAUUCUAAAAAAAAUAGAUACAUCCAAACCGAUAUCCAGGAGCCUCAUCUAUGAAGGGAAUAGUUCAUGGAACAAUCUAAUCCAGAACCCAGAACACGGUGUUAGUACACACAUAAAGAAGCCUUUGAAUUAUUAUGCUCUGACAUGUAACCUUCAGAAACCUUUUUCAUAAUCGAGGCUGAAGAAGCGGUGGAGCCAAAGAAAUCAAACCAUUUAUUGUGAUUAAAGCCUCCCUCUGUUUGUUUUAAGCAAGGAACCCUUGCGGAACAGUGCCAAUGAAUGUCUCUGGAGCCAUCUUUACGUUUUAGGUUGUUGGGUAAUGUUUCUGUGGAAAUCCACAAGCAAAUACAAAAUAAUCAUACUACGCAUGUGAUAUGUUUAUGACUUCCCUUGUUUAUCUUUGUCAACUAAGGAACAUGCUUGUUUUUGCUUCUCUUCUGUGUUAGAGCUGGAUUGUAUUUUUUAGGAAUAAUUCACUUUCACUUGUGCCCAGUGUUCCCUGGAGCGAAAAAAGCUUUUCACUUAAUGUAAUGUGUGUCUCCCUGCGUCAGUUGUCCUAAAGAUGCUUGAAAUACCUGUAAAUACAUUUCUACGUGCUACAUCUUGA